AGAUGAAUAAUUUAACAAGAUUUAUUUUAAUAUCAAAAACUGACAAAAUUAAUUUAGAAAAACAAUAGAAUCAAUGUAAUGUUUUACAUUAAAUUGUUUACGAAAAGCCAAUUCUAAAAAACAAAACAAAUUUCAUAUCUACGAAGUAUGAAUACAAGUGAAAUCAUCUUAAUUACCUCGCACAACAAUAAUAAUAAUUCAUAUCAAACAAAUAAAUUAUCAUAUAAAACAUCAAUUGAUUAUCAAUAUAUAGUAGCUAUUGCUUAUGUAUUUAUUCAAACAACAAUUUGUUCAAUUGGUUUCAUAUUGAAUAUUAUUAAUUUCAGUAUAUUCAUAUGCCGAAAGUUUUCAGCGUCUGCUUAUAUAUUAAUGACAGUUUUAUCACUUGCUGAUGCUAUUACUUUAGGAGUCAGGAUACCUCAAGGUUGUAUUUUCCUUCCACAUUUGAAUCAUCAUGCAACGGAUGCAGCUAUCUAUAUUUAUAUGUACAGUAUAUAUGUUGAAACACCUGUAUCAAAUAUGACAGAAAAUAUCAGUGCAUGGUUAACUGUAGCACUUGCUAUUGAACGUUAUGUCAGUAUGAAACAUUGGUCUUUAUCAAAACGAUAUUUUACACGUAAAAGUACACGUCAAUUAAUUGCUUCGAUAUGUAUAAUAGCAUUUAUUUUUAAUAUACCAUAUUUUGCAAUUCAACGAGUAUCAUUAAAAUAUGUUGAUGGUGUAUUACAAUUACAUAGUGAUUUAACUAGUUUUUCACGUUCAACAUAUUAUGCAUUUUAUUCUUGGUUACGUAUUGUAUUUGUUCAAAUUAUUCCAUUAUGUUUCUUAUGUGUUUCAAAUUGUUUAUUAUUUAUACUUGUAUCACAUCAUAAUCGUCGAUUUACCAAUAAUAAAAUGAAGAAUAAUACUAAUAGUAAAGAAAAUAAAUUAUCUAGAAAUAUGUUUAGCAAAUCAAAAACACAUAAACAACAAAUUCAAGUCGAUGAUGCAUCACAAGAUAGUUGUACAGAUGCUAUAAAUUAUUUCGGUGAACAAAAAUUAAUUAAUGAAUCUAAUUUACAGUCAAUUGAAAGAAAUGAACUUGCUAUUCCAGUAAAAUUGAAUAACAAAAAUGAAGUUGAGUUGACUUCCAGAAAAAAUACUCACGAUAAUAAUAAUAAUAGUAAUGAUAAUAACAAUAGUAGUAUUAAAAUCAAAAGAGCAACAUUGAAAGAUCGUUCUAAACAACGAAGGCAAAAUGCCCAAACAAAAUUAACUAUCUUGUUAAUAGCUGUGAUUUUAUUAUUUUUAAUUGGUCAAGUACCUCAAGCAUUAGCUUAUGUUCGAGUAUUCACUACACUUGGUGUAUGCUCUAUUGAUCAAAUACAAACAUGUGUAACUUAUCAUUUAUAUAGAAUGAUAACAAUUAACUUAGCUCAAUUUGCAUUCGCAUCAACAUUUUUUCUUUAUUUAUUUCUUAAUAGAGAUUUUCGAGAAACACUUAGGUAUACUUAUUGUCGUCUGUGUCAAAAAUGUUGUAAAAUUUCUGAAACUAAUCAAAGAUUAUUAAGAGAAACAAAGUACCUUAGCGAACCACCUUCUAAUCUCCAAAAAUAA